AGGCCCCGGGGCGCCUCCUGCCCCCUGGAGCCGCCUCCCUCGGGCUCCCCGCUCCCUCCCGCCGCCCCUUUCUCCCGCUUCCCGUUGCUGCCGGGGAUCGGGGCCGCCCCGUCGCCGCAGCGCAUGGCCGGCCAGUUCGGGAGCAUCCUGGUCGGCUCCUACCUGGAGAUCAAGCGCAGCGAUGGGCGCAUCCACCCGGCGCUAGUCACGGCGCUGCACCGGGACAGCUCCAGCCUCACCGUGGAGUGGGUCGAGCAGGGGGCCAACAAAGGCAAGAGGGUGGAGCUGCAGCUCGCCUUCGCCCUCAACCCCCACCUGGCCCCCGCCGCGCCCUGCUCCGCCCAGGGCGACCAGAGCCUCCCGGCCGAGCCGGCGGCGACGCCCGCCAAGCUGGAGCAGCCCUGCGGGGACGGCGGGGAGCCGGAGCCCGGCCGGCCCCGCGCGGGGCGCUGCAGCCCCGGCAGGAAAUCGCCGUGCGUGCGGCAGGUGGAGCGGCUGCAGGAGCUGCGCCAGAAGCGGCGGCUGCAGCAGCGGGAGCUGCGGGAGCAGCGAGCCCAGCAGGCGGCCGGCUCGCCGCACCCCAACUACGACGUGAUCUGCAUGAUCCAGGAGUACCGGGGCCGCCUGCUCGGCGGGGCGCUGGGCGGCCCCGAGCCCGGCCCCCAGCACCGGAUCCGCGUCUGCGUCCGCAAGCGGCCGCUCAACCCGCGGGAAGCCGGGCUGCAGGACUUCGACGUGGUGACCGUCCCCUGCCGGGGCGUGGUGGUGGUGCACGAGGCCCGGCAGAGGCUGGACCUCAGCCGCUACCUGGAGAGCCAGACCUUCCGCUUCGACCACGCCUUCGACGAGAGCGCCCCCAACGAGCUGGUGUACAGGAACACGGCCCAGCCGCUGGUGGAGAGCAUCUUCCGCCGGGGCAUGGCCACCUGCUUCGCCUACGGCCAGACGGGCAGCGGCAAGACCCACACCAUGGUGGGAGACCUCUCGGCCAAGGGCCAGGGCUGCCCCAAGGGCAUCUACACCCUGGCAGCCCAGGAUGUCUUCUGCUGGCUGCAGGAGCCCAGCUACAAGCAACUGGAGCUCCAGGUCUACGGGGCUUUCUUCGAGAUCUAUGGGGGCAAGGUGUACGACCUGCUCAACUGGAGGAACCGGCUGAAGGUGCUGGAGGACGGCAAGCAGCAGAUCCAGGUGGUGGGGCUGCAGGAGGAGGAGGUCAGCUGCGUGGAGGAUGUCAUGAAGCUCAUCGAGAUGGGCAACAGGUGCAGGACGUCCGGCCAGACCUCUGCCAACACCCACUCCUCCCGCAGCCAUGCCAUCUUCCAGAUCAUCCUCCGGAAGAGAGGGAAGCUGCACGGCAAGUUUUCCCUGAUUGACUUGGCUGGGAAUGAGAGAGGAGCAGACACGGGCAGUGCGGACAGGCGGACGAGGCUGGAAGGGGCUGAGAUUAACAAGAGUCUCCUGGCACUUAAGGAAUGCAUCAGGGCCCUCGGGCGCAACAAAGCCCAUACCCCAUUCAGGGCUAGUAAACUCACCCAGGUUUUAAGGGACUCGUUCAUAGGGGAGAAUUCAUGCACCUGCAUGAUCGCCACCAUCUCUCCAGGGAUGAGAUCCUGUGAGCACACUCUCAAUACUCUAAGGUACGCCAACAGGGUGAAGGAACUGAUGGUAGAUCCUAAUUCCCUUGGACAGUCACAUUCAAUCAUCACCCAGUUCCCAUAUCAGCUGGAUGACCUGAAGAAACCAUGGACUGUACAGAGCUUGCCUGAGACGGAUGAGUUCAAAGUAUUUUGUGUACAGAAAGAGGAGGAAGUCUCUCCUCAGUUGUUUACUUUCAAUGCCAGAGAGAAAGCCCAGAAGAAAAGAAAAGAGUUGGAUGAGAAAGCACUUAUAGAGGAGCACCAGGAAUCUCUUCGAUGGUUGAAAGUAUUCCUGGAAGUGGCUGAAGAAAUAGAUUAUGACGUGGAUUUUUACGCUGCACAGUUUGAAGCAGUCCUGGGGCAAAAGAUUGGCAUUCUGACUGAGAUCCAAGAUAAAGUGAAAUCAUUCCGGUCAAUCCUACGUAAGGAACAACAUGGCGGCAACCAGAUCAGUGUGAAGAGAUCCCGUGUUCUGUAAAUUAAGCAGAAAGAUUGUAAACUACUGUAAGAUGGCAAUUGUUAUGACACUGUGGCUUUAGCCACCCAACAACUUGAUUGCUUAAAGGAUACUUAAAAGAUGUCUGUGGGAAUGUCCUGUUUGUUUUUCUCUUGAACGGCAUUUCGGGCUAGCGUGAAAACACUCCUGGGAUGUCGCCAGAUAGUUUCUCGCUGCAGAUAGCAGAACCAUGCAGGGUGUAGGGGCUAAUCACUAGGGAAAAGCAGGGAACUCAUAGAAAAGAAAUCGAAUCUCAUGUGUGCAGGCUUUCCUCAUAUCCCUUUAAAAUAUAUAUAUUUGUACCUUUCUAGGUACUGCCUAUUCCCGCAUUCUGUCAAGCUGUACCAACUUGAGAACAGAUUCCCAGGGAGUUAGGCAUUUUGAGUGAUUUAAAAAGGUGUUAGAGUGCAAAGCACUGUCGUUUCUAUUCUGAGAAUGAUACUUUUGGGGAAUGUAGGUUAUUUUGUGCAUAGCAUAAGCAAUAAGCAUAUAGAAUAUGCCCCUUCUACUUUUUCUUUCUCAACUGUGUUCUUGUGAGUCAUUUAAAAGAAAAACUUCUUCCUUCCCAGAAAUCAGGCCAAGGAACAAGAUACUGUCCUAUGGGGAGAAAUUCAAAAUCAAGUGAUGUGCCUUCAAGGGCUAGAGAGGGAUGCAGGGGAUACAGUGCCCCGUAUCAAAGGCCUUGAAGAGAGGCGAUUUGCCAGACCAAAGGGCCAGAAAAGCUGCAUUCACCAAAGUGCUAUCUGAUAAGUGCACAUAUGUGCUAAAGCCAUAAGAUGAAAGAUAGCCAUAGAUUGUUGCAUCAUCCCUGAUGUGAAACACUACAGACUCUGCUCUUUGUUGGAUAGCAGUUAUGCUAAACCUUCUGGUACUAGGGUGACCAGAUAUCCCAAUUUUAUAGGGACAAUCCCGAUAUUUGGGGCUGUGUUUUAUAUAGGCGCCUAUUACCCCCCACCCCCGUCCCGAUUUUUCACACUUCCUGUCUGGUCACCCUAUCCGGUACACAUCUACACUUAUUAUUUAUUUUAGAAAUGAAUUUGGUUAAAUUCCUGAGCGAUAUAGGGCAACAAAUAAAUAUUUGUGAGAUUAAAAUGUGUAAAUAAUACAUAAUUAAUUGAUGGCAAUCUCUUUUCCUCUUCCGACUUGGCUUUUGAUACCAUCAACCAGUUUAUCCUAUUGCGCGUCUGAAGUCCAGGUCCAGAGCCUGUUGAAGUCAACGGAAGAACUCCUGUUGACUUCAAUGGCCUUUGGAAUGGGCUCAGAACUAGAAGCUGGUGUCUCCAGUAGUCUCCUUCAUAGUUUAGAUGCCAUCAGUCAUUCUAAUGCUCCCUUUCCAUUUCUGGUAGAAGAUUUGUCCUCUUGUCCCUUUAGCUGUGGGGAGCUGUGUUGAAGGAAGCUGUAUCUACAGUGGUGAAUUUGUUAGACACAAAUGUUUAAAUGCUGAUUGACUAGCAGUAAUGCUCAGGACUUUUCAUCUUCAAAGCCCUUUUCAAACAUUGGUGUAUUAGCAUCCUGUUUCUUCCAGCACUAAUAGCUUAUGCAAUUACCUCAUUCUUCUCUGGAUAGCAUUAUUGGAUGUCAAAUUAAGAGAUGCUGUUCCCAAGAGCAAGUACAAAAGCCUGGAAAAUGGCAGUUUCUGGUUGAAAAAAAGUCUCCGGUAUUCCAAAAAUAACUUUGGGUGAGGGUGCGGAGUUCCCCCUCCCUUAUGGCUCCUUCCUGGUUUUUUGUGGAAGAGAAAACUCUUUGAGGUUCCCCAUCUGGCAUCUCCUCUGAAUUCUUGUUUCAGAGGUGGUGAUGGAGAGGUGGGGUUGAAAGAGAUACCAGCAUGGAGUGGCUCUGUUAAGAAGCUAAUACAGCCUGGAGUCAUAGUAUCUUUUGCACAGAUUCCCUUUAGGGACUGGGGGUGGGUGAUGUUCACUCCCUGUGCUUGACUCAUAUGCUGAAUCCAGGCCUAUGUUCCUAAUGCUGGGUGUGUGGUAGUGUCCAAGGUGUAAAGCUGUGGAAUAAAGUAUAUUAGCAACACGGUUAUGCAUUGAGUUGGGCGUAUUAGAAGUAGAGUUUUAAUGAGCUGAAAAGAAUUCUUGCAGGACAGUAUGGUUUGCAUCAUGGUCAUGAAACAGAACAUUCUUUUUUUGUUUAUACCUACAUCAAGGGUCGCAACCUUGGGCAUGCGGUCCA